AACGAAAGAGAGAGAGAAGAUUCUGAUCGGAAGAAGAGGAUAUGAUGGACGGCGUUGGAGGCGGAACGGCGAUGUACGGUGGUCUCGAGACGAUGCAAUACGUACGGACGCAUCAUCAACAUCACUGCAGAGAAAACCAGUGUACCUCUGCUCUUGUCAAACACAUCAAAGCUCCUGUUCAUCUCGUUUGGUCACUUGUGCGGAGAUUUGAUCAGCCGCAGAAAUACAAACCAUUUGUGAGUAGAUGUACAGUAAUCGGUGAUCCUGAAAUCGGUAGUCUUAGAGAAGUCAAUGUUAAAUCUGGUCUUCCUGCAACAACAAGUACUGAGAGAUUAGAACUUCUUGAUGAUGAAGAACACAUCCUCGGUAUCAAAAUCAUCGGUGGUGAUCACAGACUUAAGAAUUACUCGUCGAUUGUGACUGUGCAUCCGGAGAUAAUCGAGGGAAGAGCAGGAACAAUGGUGAUUGAAUCGUUUGUAGUUGAUGUUCCUGAAGGUAACACAAAGGAUGAGACUUGCUACUUUGUUGAAGCACUUAUCAGAUAUCUCUCUUUCCGAUUUUACGAUUCGUCUCAUGGUGCGAUUUCUUCGGCAGUAAAUAAUGGCGAGAACCAAGCAUUUCGCUACCAGGGUUUUUUGUUUUCCGAUUUUCCGGUGUUAACCCUAGAUUUCGAAUCUGAAAUUGUAGAUGCCAAUGCUUCAUCUUCUCAGGCGGCAGGUCCGACUACGACCCCGACAACAAGAGGCACUGAAGGUGGAGAUAAUACAACUUCGCCAGCUACUGGUGGAAGGAGGCCUAGGAGAGCCAGACAGGCUAUGCCGCGAGGUUCACAGAAGAGGCCAUAUCGAUACAAGCCAGGAACCGUUGCUCUGAGAGAGAUUCGACAUUUCCAGAAGCAGACAAACCUUCUUAUUCCAGCUGCUAGCUUCAUAAGACAAGUGAGAAGUAUAACUCAUGCGUUGGCCCCUCCCCAAAUCAAUCGUUGGACAGCUGAAGCUCUUGUGGCUCUUCAAGAGGCGGCAGAAGAUUACUUGGUUGGUUUGUUCUCAGAUUCAAUGCUCUGUGCUAUCCAUGCGAGACGUGUUACUCUAAUGAGAAAAGACUUUGAGCUUGCACGCCGGCUGGGAGGAAAAGGCAGACCAUGGUGAUAGAAUCUCAUUCAUUGUUCACAUCUCUUACAUUGUAAGUGAGGAUCGAAUAAUUAGCCUCAAGUUUGUCGUAGGUUGUAUAAGUUUAUUCUCUCCUUAUGUCUCGUGAUGCUUAUCCUUUUUUCUACCUCAUGAUCUGACCAAAACCUACUUGUGAAACAUAACUGGAAACCCGAAUUAGGUUUGAUUACAAUAUCUAGGUUGUAAAACUUCUUUCUCUAUGUGUGUUUCUUAUCUGCUUUUCGUUGGAUUUGGUUGUUUUCCAUUGAGAUUUCACUUGACAAAAACACGGUUUCUUUUGUGAAGUUCUAACUUCCAAUGGUUCAUGUAUAUAAUAAGCCUCAGUUAGAAAG